AUGCCUGAAUACAAUGACAGCAAUCGUGCCUUUCUCCAGGCGUUCAUGGCACGCUCGUCGAUGACCUUUGAAGAUGCGCAACCCAUUCUGGCUGCGAUAUUAACAGUCUCUGAGGGGCGAACAGUGGAUCCUGAUGAGAUUGGGGCAGACCAAUUCUCUGACUUUAUAUCAGCGGCUAACACCGCCGUGUCACCCUUCGACCUCGAAAUCAGAAGUUUACUGCCACAAGCCCUUGAAUCAGCUCAGCAAGAUGCCCCAGACACACCACCGAAGCGAGUGUAUGCGCUUGUAAAUACUACCAGUGAUCCUUUGACACAACUCGCUACCACUUAUUCUCCGGACGAGAUUGCAUUUCUCAAGCGCUUGCUUGACUACAUGUUUACUACAAAUAAUAACCGACUGUGUGAAGGAAUGGUAGCUACACAAAUGCAGGCCGUCCAACUCCAUAAGGUUUCCUCUAGCGAAAGGCAAUCCACGGGCAAUGAUUCAACACAGACCCAAACCGCAGCGGUACAGUCAUUGCGCAUGACUCAGGCAGAAACUAUGAUUGUCCACUUGAUUGAAGAGGGCUGGCUACAGAAGAGCCCAAAGGGCUACCUCAGUCUUACACCACGAGCACUUAUGGAGUUGCGAGGCUGGUUGGUCUCGACGUAUAACGACGAGAGUUUCGAUGGCCGACGGGUGGAGCGGAUCAAAUCUUGCGCUGCUUGCAAAGAAAUCAUCACCGUAGGCCAACGCUGCGAGAACCGUGAUUGUCCGGGUCGACUUCAUGACCAUUGCAUGCGCAACUUCUUCCGUAUGCAGCAAGCCGAAAAAUGCCCUGUGUGCCAAAAGGAGUGGCCUGGCGAUAAAUUUGUGGGCGAAAGAGCGCUCUCUGCGCACCUGAGGCCAAGUAACGCCACUCCACGACAAAGGCAGUCCUCGUCUGCUGCGCCUAGUGCCUUAAGUGACAAUUCCGAGGACGAGAACGACGAUGCAGAAUAA